UUUUUUUUUUUUUUUUUUUUUUUUUUGUUUGUUUGUUUGUUUGUUUGUUUGUCUUGGACUAAAGCUGCCGGGUAGACAUGCUCUCCACAGGAAAAGACUGUUUCUCCUCACCUUCCAGCUGCAGCUCAACCUGUGUGAAACUCUACUUGUGCUCCAACCCAGAAGACAGUGUGGUCGAGCGUAGAGCCCUCCGAGAGAAUGUGUUCCCCAGGUUUAGAGAGCACUGCAGACACUCGUUGGAACUGGAUGUCCGGGUCAUCGACCCGUUUGAGUCCAGUGAUCCCCGUCAUUGGCCAGAUGAAAACACCAGACAGCAGCUAAUUGAGCAAUGCAGGGAGAGCUCAGCUGGACCAUUUUUACUGGCUCUAAUUGGACAUCGGUAUGGAACAGCCGGUCUGCCCACCCAGGUGGAGGUGUCAGAGUACCAGCUACUCCUGCAGGAGAGCCAGCAGGAGGGCGUCUGCACCCGGCGUCUGGAGGGGGCGUACCAGCGGGAUGAGAACACCGUUCCUCCCUCCUACUGUCUGAGACCUCAGGCAGAAGUGACAAAAGAAGGCUGCAGCAACACGAAAUAUGAAGAAGAGCUGAGAAGGGUCUUUCAGACAGCUGUGAGUCUGUGUGUCCACAACAAGGUCAUGACCCCCGACAGAGGACGUGUUCUCUGCAGAUCAGCUCUGGAUGCAGACCUGCGAUUUGCUCUAGAAAAGUGCCCAGUAGGCCGCAUCUCCAGUGGCUGUGUGGUCUACGUCCACAAGGUGAUUAAUGCAAAUGAAGACAGAGGGGAAACACAGGUGAAGUCACAGCUGCAGACUAAGUCAGAGUUUAAGAUCUUGGACCCACCAUCGCCCACCCAGAACGAUUUAUUGUCUGAUCUGUGUGACCAAUUCCUCCCUGCUCUCGUCAGUUCCUCCCAACUUCUGCUGUACAACACAACCACAGAGUGUGACCGUCGUCAUGGUUACACUACAGUCAGGAGGCGAAGCUACACAGAGUCCCUGUGCCAGCAGGUGUUCGCGGACCUCGUGAUGUUAACUGAAAACUUGAACACUUCUCUGUUGGGAGGAGACACUCGCACUGGAGAGGCUUUAUGUUGGGAGAGGUCUGAGCAGACGUGCAACAGCCUGUCAGGAUUUUAUGACAUCAUUUUACCAGAGGAGGACAAGAUCAAAGCUUUUGUGUUGCAAAGGAAGCAUCGGUGUCCUCUAGUGGUGACUGGGGGACCGUGCACAGGGAAGUCGGUGCUGGCCGCACACUGCGCCCAGCAGAUUAAAUCCUGGCUAUCAGACAGUGAUCCUGUGGUGAUCAGUUAUUUUUGUAGUCUGUCAGUCAACACGACUCCAGAGCAUCUGCUCUCCAGUAUGUGUUCUCAAAUCGCUCACAGAUAUGGCGUCCAGUCUUUGUCUAAAAAUGGCCCCAACUUCUGCUUCACUGGUCCAGCCGAGAACAAAACCAGCAGCUGCUCAACAUCUGUUCUAGAUUCUCAUCACAACCACGAUGGCGACCUAAACCUCUGUACCAAAUCUGGUCCUAAAAUACCUCAUUAUGACAUCACCACGGUGCGUCUGUCUGAACUUGAACAGCAUCUUGAAUGUCUCCUCUCAUUACUCCCUUCCACAAAGUGUCCUCUUGUUCUAAUACUUGAUGGUUUGGAUCAACUGGAAGAUGACGUUGCAGCUCGGAUAAUCAGGAGCCUUCCCUCCCCCCUCCCUGAUGAAGUCCAGCUCAUCAUCACAGCUUCUUCCAACUGUACACAUUUCCUGCAAUCCAUCGAAUCCCAUUAUUCAGAGGGCCGUGCAUCAGUCGCAAAGAAGUCAGGAUUCGUUUGCAUUCAGCUGGAAUCAGUAAACAGGAAACAAUGUGGGAAGUUAAUGGAAUCUCUGCUGAAAACUUCAAGGAGGAGGGUGACAUCAGGACAACAAGCUCUGGUGAACCAGGCUCUGACUUCCUGUUGUCUGCCUCUCUAUGCACGGCUCCUGCAUGCACACGCCUCACUCUGGCGCUCUGACUCAGAUGUGACAGAGUCAUCUCUCCCUGAUGGGGUCCAUUUGUCCAUUUCUUCUCUCCUGGAUCACCUGGAACUGAAACAUGGCUCCUUCGUCGCUUGUGCAGCCUCAUACCUCACCCUCUCCAGAACCGGGCUCUCUGAGGCCGAGCUCGCUGACCUUCUGUUCUGUGACGACUGUCUUCUAGAUGUUUCUCCCGCUGAGGGCCACGCCUCUAAGCUGAAAGUCACACAGGUUGAUGUGGAGAGGCUGCUUUUAGAUCUAAAACACUUUCUCAUCAAAAGGACCAUUUUAAACAUGGAGGUUUUGCUCUGGGUGAGCAGGCAUUUCGGGUUGGUCAUUAAAAAGAAGUAUCUGGGCACCAGUGAGAUAAGGACAAGGAUUCAUUCAAAGAUGGCAGACUAUUUUGGUGACCGGUGGAGUUGUUGGGAUAGGAAACAGCCUUCUUCAUCAGGACCAAAACAUCCUUCCUCUGAUAAUGUCCGCCGAGUUGACAUGAGAACGCUCUUAGAGUUACCCCAUCACUUGCUACAGAGUGGCAGGUCUGCAGAGUUUGAACACGGGUUGUUGAUGUCCUCCAGCUUUCACCAAGCUAUGGUUCAAACUGGUCUACUAGGUGACCUUGUAUCCAUGCUGGAGGCUGGUGGAGGCUCAUCUAAAAUGUUUUUAAGAGAAAGAAUGCUACUAAUAAGCAUCUUGAAGUCAUGUGCUUGCUUCCUGCAGAGUUCACCCCUUCAUCUGCCAACAGUGAUGGAGACAAGUCUCCUCCCUUACCUGGAGGUGUUCCCUCAUCUUGAAGGUUACAUAAAUGACAUCAGACAAGAACGAAGGCAAACCAGGAGAGGAUUAGGAUUAGUUGUUUGUCCCAGUCCCUGUUCUGUUCCCCCCAUUCGAUAUUCAGGGUAUGAGGUAGAAGCCAAUAUGGUGUGUGUCACAGAGGCUGCUGGUAACGAAUGUGGGGUUGUCGCAGAGGUUAUGGAUGACGGUUCUGCUUGGAUUAGGAAAGGUUCGUGUUUCGAUCUCGCCCAACUUUCGCUGGGCCCUGAGCAGAAGGAGCUGAUGUUUACGGGAGUGAAAAGCAGCGGCCAAUUUCUGCUGCUUUCAACACAAAGCAACAGGCUGUUCGCGUGGGACGUGGCGGGCCCAGAGAGGCUUCUGGAGAUUAACAACCCUCUGAGAACCGAAUCCCAGUUGAGCCAAACAGUAAACAGAGUCACUGGAUUUGUUGCAUGGCGGAAGAAGUUGUGCAUGUGGGGAAACGGGGAGACUUUUGUUAGUGUUUUUGAUCUCUCCACUGAGACGGUGACACGUUUCCAGUGUAGCAGCUCUGUCACCUGUUUGGUUUGCCCCUUUAAUGGUUCGUGUCUGUACUGUGGACAGGAAGACGGCACCGUAUCCAUGUUUAACAUGAAAACCAACAGUCUUCUUAGCACCUGUUCAAACUCAAACUGCAGCGCAGUCACUUUGAUUAUCCUGCAUGACGAGAAGCAAGAAAUGGCGUGCAUUGACAGGACAGGGAGCAUAGCAUUAUGGGACGUGGCUGACAACAUUCAAACACCCAAGCUUAUCAAAGAAACCUUUAAUCCGGAUGAUCUUUAUGACAUCCUCAACUCAGAUUAUUCAGGAGACAUCUGUUCUCUUUUGCUGUGCCAGCCACACAAGGUGACUCUGUGGGAUACAUGUGACUGGGAGCUGUGGGACCAGUUUUUGGCUUCUGAAGGGAGAGCUUUCACUCAAGCAGUGCUCUCUAUGGAUGGACACUUUUUCCUGGCAUUGUUGGAUGGUUGCACCUUCGUCUUGGUGUGGAGGAUCAGCACCGGGGAGUGUGUCAUCUCAUUAGAAACAAACACACCGCCUCACAUGCUUCUCAAGCUGGGUUCAGAUAUCAUCUACAUCAGUCAGAAUGGAUGCCUGACCACGUGGGAUGCUGAGAUGAUCCAUGCUGUUGGAUCUGCUCCAAAAAUGCGAAGCGGAGUGACAGGUGUGGUGGUUGAGGAAUCACGGCAGCAGUUUUACUCCACGGAUGGGUCAGAGAACGUGUGGAGGUGGAGUUUAGCCACUGGAAUUCCAGAUGUUAACUUCAAACAUUGUGGAUCUGUAGAAAAGCUGCAGCUGUCUCCAAAUGGAGUUCAUCUGGUUUCCCUCUCAGUAGGUGAAAUCUAUAUUUGGCGGACAAAAACGAGACAAAAUAUUCUGCGGAUCAGUAACAGCAGAGCUGCAGACAUCCUGAUCACUCCUAAUAGUAACUUUGGAGUGAGCAUGUCCAAGCAAGGCCUCUCCCACGUUUGGAAGGUUGCACAUGGUGCUAUAGUGUGCAGCAUUCACCAGUAUCUCGCUGAUGCUCAGGUGUCCCCCGAGAGCACGUUCCUCAUCGGGCUCUGCUGUGGGGGCCUGCUGGCUGCCAGCCUUUGGUCAGGUUUGAUCAGCAAGCGCUUCACCUGCGUGGAGAACUCGGAGUCUGUCGUUGCUUUCCACACACUUUCAGAGCACCCAGACUUUGUGGUGGUGAUGAUUGCCUCAGGGGCGGUGUACACCUGGAAGCUAUCAGAGGAGACAGUGUGCAGGCAUUUUCAUCUGCCUAAUAUGUUUUACUGUCAGCCACAGAACUUUCAGAUGUCCUCUGAUGGGAGCUGUGCGCUCAUAUCUACUGAAAAUGACUCCAUCAACGUCUUAGACCUUUCUCGGGUCAGACUGUGCUCAUUUAAAGCUGAGGGUUCUGUCAUUAAGGCCUGCAUGGACAACACGGGGUGCUAUGUUGCGUACAUAUCCAGCCCAGACAACAGCUGCACCUGUUACCGGCAUGCUAAGCUCAUCCUCACAGUCGCACGACUCUCAGACGGGGAGAAAAUAGGAAGCGUGCAGCUGCACAGCAAGCCGCUGCUUCUGUUUGUGAGCGAGCAGCAGACUGUGUUUGUGGGUUUUGAGGAUGGAUCUGUAGGCGUGUACGCUGUUUCAGGUGUUACAGUGGGUGAAGAAGAGUUCAUCAGAGAGAGGAAGAGUUUAGAAGAUCAUCUGGAAAAAUGUCCCUUUGAUAGAGAGCCACUGAGCCUUUUUUGUCAAGACAAACCCAAUAUUACUUGGCCUUAGAGUUAUUUCUUGCUGGGUUGGGGCUAGGUGCACACAGAAAACCAUUUUUAAACUACACAACGUAUAUUAGUUUUGGAAAGCUCCGAAAGAGUAUGUUUGUUGACCCUUUGUUUCAGCUGUUCCUUGUAUGUAUGUACUUUUUGGUACAUUAACUGAUCUUCAAACAGAUUAUCUUGUUUAGUUACUUUCUGUGUUGGUUACUUGCAGAUGGACAUAAAUUGUUCUUUAUUGUAGCUUUGCUUUUCCCCCACAUAUACCUUUUCCACAGGAUAUAUACUCAAACACCGAAUAAACACUAAUAAACUUAACUCAAGGUUCUUACAA